AUGACGUCACCCGUGGAUACCCUGUACCAACAAAACCAGUUCCUCAACUGGAUGUACCUGACUCUUGCAGACCAACCGCUACGCCAACAGCCAGGCCACAACAUCUCUAACAUAUACUCUAAUGAUGAUGCCACUAGUGGCAACACAAAUGACAUGUGGUUGGCCGACCACCCCAAGCACCAUUAUCAACAGUCUAGUCUUAGUUCUAAAAGCGGAUCAGGAACUCAAGUUUUGUCUUCUUGUGACGGAAAUUUUGUAAAUGGAAGUCUACAUUCUUUGACCAAUGGGAAUAUUCAUUCCUUCUCUAGUAGUAGUCUGACCAAUGGAAAUUUUCAAUCUGUAGCCAAUGGGAACUUCCUAAACGGGAACAUCCAGCCCCUGCACGCGUUGAGCGGGAGAAACAUCCAAUCACCGCUGACCAGCAUGGUCAACGUGAAUAAUCUCAUAAAAACCAACGGACUGUCAGGCCACAACGUAUUUGCCGAACCUUGGUCUAACCCUAGACAUGGUUACAGCAGCUUGAACUCGGCACGCCCAAAAGGUGAAGGUCUGACGCCCUACCAAGGCAAGAAGCGUUGUUUCGGAGAGUACAAAUGUCCCAAGUGCAAACGGAAAUGGAUGAGCGGCAACAGUUGGGCCAACAUGGGUCAAGAGUGCAUCAAGUGCCACAUACUGGUCUAUCCUCAUAAACAGAGACCCCUAGAAAAACCCGAUGGCCUUGACGUGUCUGACCAGAGUAAGGUCCACCCCCAACAUCUCUGUGAGAAGUGCAAGAUGCUGGGCUACUACUGCAGACGUGUCAACUGA